AUGUCAACUUUGAGAGCUCCGUGUGAUCUUUUAGAAGAUGUAAAGGAAGCAGAGGCGGUUCCUGCGCUUUAUUUUACUCUUUCAGUCGGAGAUAGUGAGAAAGAACUUGGAGAUUCAUCGGAAAAAGAGGUGAAAUCGGCUGACUUUUUUAUCGUUCUUAAACACGAAGGAGAGUGCACCGUGACGCCUAUCGAAGAACAACCUUCGGAGACUACCACGGAGAAAGGAGCUGACGACGCGAGUGAGAAAUCUUUUGAUUUUAUCAUGUUUGAGAAGUCUAAAAUUACCGAGAAAUCCCUGUGUUCACAAAAUGAAGAGGAAGAAGCUCUUGAAUCUCCUGAGGAAGCUUCGCAAACUGAAAAUGUAAAAUGGAGGGAUAAUGGAAAGACUUCUCUAGAAUCAAACCAGCGAGAGAGUCCAAAAAUAUCAACAGAGAUAUUUCAAGACACAGUCGGAAAAGAAGAGUCAUCCAAAUUGGAGGAAGAAAAUGAAUCGACUGACAAACUUGAUAAGCCGAUGAAGACGUUGAGAGUGCAGAGCAACGAGAACAUAUCCAAAUCCAAUAAUGCAAACGUGGCGCAGAUGUCACUGAAGCCGUCUCCUAGCGUAGGUUCGAGUCUCGAGAACUUGGAACUCGAUAGUUUAUUGCCUGCGGUCAGAUCCGUCGAUAGUCCUCUAGGGAGUACAGAAAACGGUGCGAUGUUGGAAGAAGCGUGGGAGGGACUACAAAAAUCUUACGUAUAUUACAAAGGCAAGGCAGUCGGUACGCUCGCUGCUAUGGAUCCUAUCGCCGAGGCUUUGAAUUACAAUCAGGUUUUCAUAAGAGACUUCGUUCCCAGUGGCUUAGCCUGUCUAAUGAGACCUGCCAAUGCUGGUGGCGAUCCAGAGAUAGUAAAGAACUUUCUGUUAAAGACUCUCCACCUUCAAGGUUGGGAGAAAAGAAUUGACAAUUUUACACUUGGGGAAGGUGUCAUGCCUGCAAGUUUUAAAGUUCUUUACGAUUCGCAUAGGCAGAAGGAAACCUUGGUUGCAGAUUUCGGUGGUAGUGCAAUAGGAAGAGUUGCACCUGUUGACUCUGGGUUCUGGUGGAUCAUAUUGCUAAGGUCGUAUACCAAAUGCACGCAUGAUUAUACGCUUUCAGAACUACCUGAGGUGCAGAGAGGAAUGAAGCUGAUACUUAACCUUUGCCUUUCAGAUGGUUUUGACACUUUUCCUACACUUCUGUGUGCAGAUGGGUGUAGCAUGAUUGAUAGGAGGAUGGGAAUUUAUGGGUACCCCAUUGAGAUUCAAGCACUCUUCUAUUUUGCACUGAGGUCUUCUAGGCAGAUGCUAAAACCAGAGCGAGAUGGCAAGGAACUAAUUGAGCGUAUCGAUAAGCGCAUCAGAGCUCUCAGUUUUCACAUCCAAAAAUACUACUGGCUUGAUUUCACACAGUUAAACAACAUAUAUCGCUACAAAACUGAGGAGUAUUCCCACACUGCUGUCAACAAAUUUAAUGUCAUCCCAGAGUCUAUUCCUGAUUGGGUGUUCGAUUUUAUGCCCUUACGUGGGGGAUAUCUGAUUGGUAAUGUCAGCCCAGCUCGAAUGGAUUUCCGCUGGUUUUUGGUUGGAAACUGCAUUGCAAUCUUGAGUUCACUAGCUACACCUGCACAAGCAACAGCAAUUAUGGAUUUGAUUGAGGAGCGCUGGGAGGACUUAAUAGGAGAGAUGCCUUUGAAGAUAGUUUAUCCAGCUUUGGAGGGUCAUGAAUGGAGAACUGUCACUGGGUUUGAUCCAAAGAACACACGGUGGAGUUACCACAAUGGUGGAUCAUGGCCAGUUCUGAUAUGGCUACUCACAGCAGCGUGUAUCAAGACUGGAAGGCCUCAAAUUGCAAAACGAGCCAUAGAGCUGAUUGAACAACGCCUUUCCAAAGACGGGUGGCCUGAGUACUAUGAUGGCAAGACCGGGCGUUAUGUUGGGAAGCAAGCAAGGAAAUAUCAAACAUGGAGCAUCUCUGGCUACUUGGUCGCUAAGAUGUUGAUUGAGAACCCAGCCAAUCUCCCCAUCAUCUCUCUUGAAGAAGAUAAAAAGAUUGCCAAGCCAAAGCUCACCCGCUCUAUCUCAUUCUAGAAAACAACUGCAUCCGACAGACAGGGGUUUUCAUUUUAUUGCACACAUAUAGUUCUUUUUGCAACUGGGAUGGUUCGAAAAUAUCCAAAAUUCCAAAUGCUCAUAUUGACACUGUUUGAGCUGUAUAGUUAAAGCGAGCAAUAGAUUGUCAAAAGUCAAAACCAGAACCAAGUAGCCCUGCUCCGUGAGUACGUAACAGUAAACUACAACAGGUUGUAAGAAAAGAAAUAAUACCUAGGGCCCAAAAUCAUUGGAUAAGUAAAAAUGUAGCAGAUAAAUUGGAAAGAGAACAAUGGCCCGGCCCCCAGUGCGCCGCUCCUUCUCUCUUCAGACGCUUAACCGCCAAGGAAAAGAACCACUGAGGCAAAUAAGAAGAAAAAAAAGUCUUAUCAGUACAUUCUUCACUAAUCAAUAUAUAUACAUAUCUGUUUCUAUAACUAUUUGAUCAAAUUAGGCGAUGGA